AUGGACGAUGUAAUACAAGUAUGGUCUGCGCCAAACAGCAUGACGCGUUUGCCGUGCGAUAUAGCUGCGCCGUCGCGCAAUGUUGCUAUGAUGCUGUGGUUCAAAGAUGGCGACAGAAUGCCCAUAUACACAUCGAUGUUUGAACACGGUCUUAAAUAUAACUCAAGAAAGAGUGAAAUCAUGGCGUUAAAGGCGCCUAAACCUAAACAGCCUCGUAUUGUUCCAUCAGUGAAUAUCGAGGGCGUAGUGCUGAAACUAGUUCAUAGUUUUAAGUACCUAGGUUCGCCUGAUUCAUUUAAAGCGUUCUGUCAGUCUUUCUUUCGAGCGGCUUGUGGGUGUCAUACGCACGCCGAGCCUUCAAUGUCCUGGGAGUACAGUACAACGGCGCUUUCAGGAUUCUGUUGCGGUUGCCUUUGCGUUUUAGUUGUAAAAGUCGGAACGGCAUCCGGACAGCGAUUGCUGAACGACCAGACUGCCUAA